AUGUCAAACCAAAUUCGCCAACAACUACCAGGCGUCCGGCCGAGCAUAGAAAAAGUUGUUUUCAAGGUACUCGGUGCUGCGGAUGAUGCAGUACUUUCUUCUAUAGAAACUAACCUGUGUGAUGGAUUUGAUCGCCGCAAGCUGAGCGACGAUCUAUCGUUCAUUGUCGAUGAACGUAGAGCAAUGCGAAUCUGCGACAAAAUAGAAGAUUUGGUUGGCAAUUUAAGGAUUAAAGAACAGCAAUCGGGUCUUUCCAAUACAUACGACAUAAGUAAGAUAUCAACACAGGAUGUCAAAAAACGCUCGCUUGACCAAGCGGCGUUUGAUUCGCUUCAACCUCUACGAGUUAAAAGAUUUAUGCAUGAAAAUGAUAUUACGGCCAUUGCUACCAACACUUCUAAUGCUGGCGAGAUUACCAUCAGAAAUGAGAGCGAUACUUUAGCUGGAAAUAAUUUUUCUGCCAUCCAUAUAAAGCAAAUGAUGGAGAACGCGCAGCGAGAAAUCGGAGAACGUAAACGAAAGCUAGAAAAUAUGAAGCUAAACAAGCACCCGCACAUACCGGCAACAGCUGUUGCCGCUGCAUUGACUGUAAAUGCAAAAAUUUCUACCGCAUCUGACAAAACGAUUGAUGAUGAUUCAAAAACUGUGACAAAUGUACAAACAGAUAUUAAGCAAGUUGCUGGACCGUCGGUGAUCUCAGACAUUGAAAGAUCGAAGAAAAUUGCCAAACUUCAAGAACAAAUUCGGGUCAAACUUUCUGGCACAUUGGCCAGUGUACUGCCACAACAACAUCCUCCAGUUGAUAAACCCAAACCACUGAUACUAGACGCUGAGGGGCGAACCGUGGAUGGUAGUGGUCGUACUAUUAUUGUACCGCAACUUACACCGACUCUCAAGGCUAAUAUUCGAGCAAAAAAACGAGAAACUACAAAAAAUCUGCAAGCUUCUGAACGUAUAGCACUAGACGCUUCGUAUGAGACACAAUUUCACGAUGAUCGUAUUGUUCUUAAACCUGCGGUAAGAAUUAAGCGGUCAUUGCGUUUUCAUGAACCAGGAAAGUUUCAACAGCUUGCCGAAAGGUUGCGGAUGAAGGCUCAGCUUGAAAAAUUGCAGAACGAAAUUUCACAAAUAGCACGGAAAACCGGAAUUAGCUCUGCUACGAAACUUGCUUUAAUUGCACCGAAAUCUGAUACACAUAUGAACGAUGUACCUCAAAUGGAAUGGUGGGACUCUGUUAUACUGAUGGAUGAUUUCAACACGCUAGAUGCACUAGGAAAAAUUUCUAUUAGAGAAUCAUCCAUUACUAAUCUUAUUGAACAUCCAACGCAAAUGCGACCCCCAAAUGAAUCUUCGCGGGGUGUUUAUUUACCAGUAUUUCUUACUAAAAAAGAAAGACGCAAGUUGCGACGCCAAAACCGCCGAGAGGCAUGGAAAGAAGAGCAGGAAAAAAUACGUCUUGGACUUGAAGCACCACCGGAGCCAAAGUUAAGAAUUUCCAAUUUGAUGCGAGUGUUAGGAACAGAAGCGGUUCAAGAUCCAACCAGAAUAGAAGCUCAUGUACGUGAACAGAUGGUUAAGCGGCAAAAAAUACAUGAAGAAGCAAAUGCAGCGCGUAAACUGACCGAUGACCAGCGUCGAGAAAAAAAAAAUCGUAAAAUGAAGGAAGAUACCACUUUAGGAGUUAGUGUUGCUGUAUAUCGUAUUCGAGAACUGCAAGAACAACAAAGCAAAAAGUUCAAGGUGGAAACUAAUGCAAAACAACUAUUCUUAACCGGCGCUUGCGUUCUUUUUCGAGAUUGUUGCGUAGUGGUGGUGGAAGGAGGUCCAAAACAACAAAAAAAAUAUCGAAGGCUUAUGCUACAUCGUAUAAAAUGGGAAGAAGAUUUGGUUAAAAAUGCUGAUGGCAAAGAGAUUCCUAACUCAUGCGUGCUCGUUUGGGAAGGAAUGAAUCAACGCAGAAACUUUGGAGAAUUUAAGUAUAAGUCUUUUCCGUUGGAAAAAAGUGCAAGAGAUUUUUUUCAAAAACAUCAUGUGGAACAUUAUUGGGACUUGGCAUAUUCUGGAGCUGUUUUAGAAGCAUCCGAAGAUGUAUGA